AAAGUGACUGUAAUAAAUAUUUUAUUAAUGUUUCGUUAUUUACAAUGAGAGCGUGUAAAUUAUAAGGCUGAAUAGAUAUGAAUCAUACGUAUAAAAUACAUAUUAUGAAAAUCGUUAGCGCUAUUUGUCUUUCUUUGUUGUUAUUGAUACUGUCAACUUACAAAAUUUUAACAAAAUUUCAUUGUUUAUGGACUCAAGGAACUUUGAAUGGUGAAGUUGUCAUAUAAAUGGAAUUUCUUUAAAAUUAUGAAAAUCAAUGCGUAUACAAUAAUAGCACUAUUCAGUCGAAGAGAUUCUUAAAAAAUCAUUCCUUGAUUACUUUUUAUAUUAAUCAUAAUACAGUUGACAACAAUUUCAAAUGUCUCUUGAUGAUGAUUUUGAAAGACCGUUUGAAGAAUUUGAACCUCUGCAAUGGGGAGCUCUACGAGAACUGUGCCACGCUAAUAAAGACUACUUUUCGACGCAUCAAGAUGAAAAUGGAUCAAGAAUCAGAGCUGGUCUUUUGGCAAUAUUGGAUCACUUAGAAAAAAUGCAACCUAUAUAUAAAGAAAUAUCAAGAAUCGCACCAAUGUUUGAUUUUGAUGAACAAACUCCAGGAAAUGGAUAUAGAAGCUUUUUAGUAUUAGUUGAUAGAUGUAUUAUGCACUCUGGUACGGUAUGCCGUCAAAUGUAUUGUCAAAAGGAUUCCUUCCUUUUUCGUAAAAGUUAUUAUAUGCGAGAAAUUGAGGCUUGCUCUCAGUUGUUAGCAUCUUUAUACACUUGUCUACAAUACUUGAAAACUCUUUACUCUUGGAGCGAUCGAAUGAAAGAUGGAAAAUUAUCUUUGUUUUCUUCUAAUGAACAUACUCCACAAGAACUUUUAGAUCAGGCAGAGAGUAUAAAUCAAUAUUGUUUUUAUGGUAGAUGUUUAGGAUUUCAGUAUUGUGACAAUAUAAAACAUAUUUUAAAAACCUUAUCAGUUUGUUUGGCCUCAUUUAGUGAAGUUUAUUAUUCUAAUGGAACAUUAUUUGGACGAUGCGCUAAUUCUUUAAAAUAUAUAUUGGAUCCAGAAGCAAGAGCACGUCGUAUUGUUCACGUAUCUCAGCAUGCAGAUGUUUCAUUUUGUCAAGCUUUCUGGUUUUUGAGUGAAAAUGAAAUGCUGUGCAGUUCAGUAUCAAUGGUAGUACCAUUAAGUAUAAAUCAAGUGAUAUCUAUACCUCCUGAAGAAUUAACACUUGAUACGCUUGAUGGAAGUAAAAUCUCUAUUCCAAUACCGAACAGUCAUAUAGGGAGAAAGCCAAUACAUGUCCGAUUACUUAGUGCUGUACGUCGUGUUGGAAUGGUCGGAUCUGCAGGUACUGGAGGUGAAUUACUUGGUUUAUCCGAGAGUUUGAUUAUCCAUUCUCAUGGGGGAGGCUUUGUAGCACAAACUUCCCGUUCGCAUGAAGCCUAUUUACGAACAUGGGCAGUAAAAUUAGGUGUGCCUAUUUUAAGUAUAGAUUACAGUUUAGCACCAGAAGCACCAUUUCCUCGUGCUCUUGAAGAAAUAUUAUACGCUUACGCAUGGUCAUUGAAUCAUGCGAGUACACUGCUUGGAAGUACAGCACGGAAAGUACUUCUUAUUGGGGAUUCUGCGGGGGCAAAUUUGAACUUGGGAAUUACUUUUAAAUGUUUAGAAAUGAAUAUAAGAAAACCAGAUGGUAUUUUUAUGGCAUAUACACCAGUAUUGGUAGAAUUUGUAACAUCACCAUCUCGGUUAUUAAGUCUAACUGACUUAUUGCUACCUUUUGGUUUUAUGAUGCGAUGCCUAAAAGCUUAUGCUGCAUUGGAUAAUAAAAAGACCUUAGGCCCUAAAGACAAAAAUCAAGGUAACAAUGAAGUGAUAGAAUCAGAAACUGAAUCAUUUGCAGAAGUUAGCGAGAGUGAUCUUAUAGCAUUAGCUCUUAGUCCUAAUGGAGACGAAACGAAUGAUGCACAUAAACUUGCCUCACUUCCAUCUGACUCUACAUUAAACUCUGUAAGCCUAACAGAUGUUGAUGGAAUAGAUCAUCCAAAGCAAGAAGUUAGAUCUCAAGAAUAUAUCAAAAAAUUUUUAGAAAUGUAUAGAAAUUCAAGCAUACGUACUUCAAUCCCUGUACUAAAUAAUUAUAAUGGUACAGAUGACAACCCUCCAAGUAAUGGCAAAACAUGGUCACUUUUUGGAUGGCCACUUGGUGGAGACAAAAGAGAAAUUAGAGAACUCGAUAUGACGGCACGAGCAAAAAGUCCUUUAGAAGAAUUUGUGUUCACUGUUCCGAAAGAUCCACUCUUGAGUCCAUACCUUGCGUCAGAUGAUCUCUUAGCUCGUUUACCACCCACCAAAAUUUUAACGAUGGAACUGGAUCCUUGUCUUGAUGACUGUGUUAUGUUUGCAAGAAAACUAAAAUUGCUAGGAAAUGUAGUGACUCUUGACAUAUUAUCUGGUUUGCCUCAUGGAUUUCUUAAUUUAGCACCAAUUUCAAAAGAAGCAUAUGAAGGUUCUGAACUUUGCAUUAAAAGGAUCUUGGAAUUAUUACAGUUGUAAUUUUAUAUAUAUAUACACACACACACACACACACACACAUAUAUAUAUAUAUAUAUAUAUAUAAAAAAUUAUACACAUGGUGUAUAUGCUAAAAAGCUUUGUUAAAAUGUGAUGAUCUAUAAACUAUUUCAACCUGGUUUGUGAUUAUUUAGAGAAUAUUUGAUCGAUUUAUGAGAUUUGGUAAUAUAUAUACAAAAUUUAUUAUGUAAUAUCUG